AUGUCAUCGAAUAUGAUUCAAUCAUCUCAAAUACACAAUAAUAAUUCAUCAAAUAAUGAUAAUCAUAAUAUUACCGAUGUUCUCUUAUAUGCUGAAUCAAAAAUAACACGAAAACAAGCUGUACGUGAAAUAGCUGAUGUCAUCUUACGUGCUAAUAUGAAACCACGAACAGUUAAACAUGCAUUACAAUUACUUAAAAUUCUUUUACCACCUGAAAAUACAUUACCAGCUACCGUUGAUGAACUUUUCGGUGCUAUGCUAUCAUCGGAAAAUGAUUGGCGUCUAGCUCAAUAUUUAAUAAGACACAAACAACGACCAUCUUUUUUAUCCUCACCUAAUAUAUGGAAUGAAAAUUCCAAUAUUUCACUUACUGCUGCUAGUUCAUCAUCAAUGUCACGAAAUCAAGAAUUCAAUAUAACAGCACAAUCAUCUUCUUUAGUUUUACCUGUCAGUAGUAGUAGUGAAUCAUCAUCAUCAUCAUCAUCGUCAUCAGCAAGUUCUGAUGAUGAUGAUGAUGAUGAUGAUGAUGAUGACGAUGAAAGAAAUAUUCUUCUUGCCAUACAAGGAACUCAACAACAACGUCUUAUAAACUCAUCACCAUUGCGGCCAGUAAUUGAAAAUGUAGGAGAUGUAGAAAAUAAUCUGAAUAAUGUAAUAUCAAUAAAUAAUAAUGAAUCAUCUGAUCAAAGAUCUCAAAUAGUAUCUAAUUCAUUUAGUCGAUUCCCUUUACUUGGUUCAUUCAAACGUCAACGGAGUGAAACUUCAUCAGACGAUUCAAGUAGUAGUGAACCUGAUUUAUUUUAUUCAACGAGAUUAUCGGACGAUGAUGAUGAUGAUGAUGAUAGUGACAAUGAAACACCAUUUUAUCCAAUUUCCAAUAAGAAUAAUAAUAAUAAUAAAUCAUGCUGUUUUGAAAUGAAUGGAUAUGAUCUACUUGCUGGUGGUAAACGACGUCGACAUUAG